GUAAAGCUGCACAAGAAUGUGGAGCCUUCUCAUUUGAUAGUUAAAGAUAGAGGCAGCGCAGGCCGCUUCCUAGACACGUUCUAAUCUUCAGACCAACGGUUCGGCUCUUUUGUCGUAAUGUUUGCUCCUUAGACGGGGAUUUGGCCUUGUGUGAGCUUAAUUCCGUCAGGACUUUGUAAUAAGUCAAGGCAAGGCGAGUGGAAGCAGUCGCAGCAUGGUGUUUUAUGAGAGAAUGAUUGAAGACUGCGGGUGGAGCGGGGACAACAUGGCAGACAGAAGGCAACUGCUUGUCGAGAUGAGGGCGCAGGAUUUGGACUCCAUUCGACUGUCAACAUACAGAACAGCCUGCAAACUCAGAUUUGUACAGAAGAAAUGCAACUUGCAUUUGAUCGACAUCUGGAAUGUCAUCGAGGCCUUCCGAGAGAACGGUCUCAACACCGUGGACCUCAACGCCGAGCUCCCCGUGGCCCGUCUGGAAGUGGUGCUGUCCACCAUAUUGUACCAGCUGAGCAAGCGAAUGCCCACCACGCACCAGAUCAACGUGGAGCACUCCAUCAGCCUGCUGCUCAACUUCCUGCUGGCGGCCUACGACCCAGAUGGCCACGGCAAGAUAUCGGUCUUUGUUGUGAAGAUGGCCCUAGCAGCCUUUUGUGGAGGGAAAAUUCUGGAUAAAUUGAGAUAUAUUUUUUCACAGAUAUCCGAUCCAGCGGGAAUCAUGGUGUACGCACAAUUUGACCAGUUCCUGAGGGAGAUUCUCAAGCUGCCCAUGGCGGUCUUUGAGGGUCCGUCGUUUGGCUACACGGAGCAAGCGGCCAAGAGCUGCUUCAUGCAGCAGAAAAAGGUCUCCCUCAACAUUUUCCUGGACACGUUGAUGUCAGACCCGCCUCCUCAGUGUCUGGUGUGGUUACCACUCAUGCACCGGCUCACCAACGUGGAAAACGUCUUUCACCCGGUCGAGUGCUCCUACUGCCACACUGAGAGUAUGAUGGGCUUCCGCUACCGCUGCCAGCAAUGUCAUAAUUACCAGCUCUGUCAGGACUGCUUCUGGAGGGGGCAUGCCAGCGGUUCCCAUAGCAACCAGCAUCAAAUGAAGGAGUAUACAUCAUGGAAAUCCCCCGCCAAGAAGCUAUCCCACGCCCUCAGCAAGUCUCUGAGCUGCGCAUCCAGCAGGGAGCCUCUUCACCCCAUGUUCCCCGACAUGCCAGAGAAACCUCUCAACCUCGCCCAUAUUGUAGACACGUGGCCGCCAAGACCAAUGAACGUCACCAGUGAAUCCUCGUUUUCCCACUCAAUGCCAACAUCAGGGAACCCAUACUCCACCAAAAACAGGAGUCAUGAUAUUGCUCAACAUCUGUUGAAAGGCAGAGGGUUACACUGCAACCUGGAUGCGGUUGACAGACUCGCUGACGAGCACAUUCUCAUUGGCCUCUAUGUGAAGCUGCUUCAAAACAACCCCAAAAAAUGCUUGCUAGAGAGCAGCAACCACCAAGACGAGGAGCAUAGCCUCAUCGCCCGCUACGCUGCUCGUCUGGCUGCAGAUGCCGCGGCUCAACAGCAGCAGCAGCAGCACAGAGUCCCCGCAGACCUGCCGUGCUCUCUGGAUGCCAACAAACAGCAGAGGCAGCUCAUCGCCGAGCUGGAGAGUAAAAACAGAGAAAUCCUGCAGGAAAUUCAACGACUGCGCGUCCAGCAUGAGGAGGCCUCGCAGCCCCCGCCUGACAAGGCUCAGCAGAAUCCUACUCUGUUGACUGAGUUACGACUUCUCAGGCAACGCAAAGAUGAGCUUGAGCAGAGAAUGUCGAGUCUGCAGGAGAGUCGCAGAGAGCUCAUGGUGCAGCUGGAGCAGCUAAUGAUGCUUCUCAAGCUAGCUGAGGAACAGAAACAAGCUACUCAGGGACCUGGCUCUCCACGCUCAUCACCCAGUCACACCGUCAGCAGGUCCAUCCCCACGCCCAUCCACUCGGACUCGGCCGGAACCACCCCGACUCACACACCUCAGGAUUCCCUCAUGGGCGUGGGAGGCGAUGUUCAGGAGGCCUUUGCUCAGGGUCCCAGGAGAAAUUUGAGAAACGACCUCCUCAUCGCUGCUGACUCCAUCACCAACACAAUGUCAUCGCUGGUCAAAGAGUUGAAUUCAGAGGGUGGAAGCGAGACUGAGAGCACUGUGGGUUCCGAUUUCGGCCACGGCGACACAUUUGCAGUAACAACAACCACCUCAGAUCCCUUCCUCAGCUUUAAGCCCAGGAUCGCUGCGGCGGAGCAGGAAGAGGAACGCUACGGGAACGACCUGGAGCGGCAGCUGGAGGACGAGCUCAAGUUUGAGGAGUUCAUCAAGCAUCGGCAGGAGCCGGACAAAGCCUGCAUGGUGACGCUGCAGCAGUGAUAGUACUGCUCCAGGACACUGAUGAGCAAUAUCAAAAGCAACAAUAAGUGAUGACACUGGACGCGACGACACUGGCCAGGAUCCUAUAGCUUAAAAUAUAAGUUUGUGUAAAGAAUCUAUAUAUUUUUAACCAACCUCAUAUUUAAGGUGAAACUGUGAGCUGAUGAAUAAGUCAAGAGAUUAAAAAUCACCGAGCGCUCUACUAUUAUUAUACCACAGGUGCCAUAUCAGCCACGUGAUUAUUGUUUUUCGCUUUGUAUUUGACUUAUCAAGCCAAUGUAGAAAUGUACUGUUUUGUGUCUGUGUCUCAUCUGAUUUAUGAUCCAAUACAAAUAUAUUUGAGUUGUAUUUUUAAACUAUACAAUGCUGACCUGGUCAAAUUUUACCACUACAGUGGAAUCUUCGGUUUCGUGAUUAAUACGUUCCAAAAAGUCUAAAACCUGAACUAAAACUGACUCAUAUGAAAACAGGCAAUAUUUCCCAAUAUUAAUCCGUUCCAACCACUCAAAAAUAUUAACUAUAUAUAUAUAUAUAUAUAUAUAUAUAUAUAUAUAUAUAUAAUAAAUAUGACUAAUGAAAUGGAUAAAUUAACAUUAAACAUCACAUUUAUUUUUAUUGAAGACCGUCGUACCAAAACUAGUACAAAACUGAGGUUCCACUGUAUUACCAUGUAUUUCCUAAUCUCAUUGUUGCAUGUUGUUUUUGUAACCUAUAUUUCAGACAUCAGUGAUGAUAACAAUAUACACUGCCUUAGCUUCUUGGAGGACAUUUCAAUGGAGUUCAGUCAAGCCAUCAUUGGAGCAUGUACAGUAGUAGCCAACAGCAGCAUUCAAAAGCAAUGCACUGGAAAAGAAAAGAAACACUGUAAGAUGACUCUUAAGAUGUAGUUAACCAAUGUAAUUACGGUCAUGUGAUAAUUACAGUUAUUUCUGCUCAAAGUGGCCACUCUUAACUAGAUGGGAGAAGCAUUAGAUUGUAAUGUGAAACUAGAGUUAAAAACAAAAACCACAAUAUUGCGGACUGGAAUUGAAAUGCUAAUCGUGUGAACAUAAUGGAAGAUCAUUUUGAAUGCUGCGGUAAGACUCCCCACUUGAUUUCAUCUGACAGAAUGUUUUUGUGUUUUGUUGCUGAUGUUAUGGUUAGCAACAGAGUUCAAAUGAGCCAAGUCAUUAAGUCCUUAAAAUAUCCGUGUAUGCCAUUUUUGGAAUGAGAGAAGUAAUGUUUCAGCCUUUUUUUUUGUUGUUGUUGCAUAAUGGGAAACAAAUUGUCUAUUUGAGGGAGGUAUUUAUUUAUCCUGCGCAGACCCGGCAGACUAAUUUGGGCACGGCAUCUAUUGGAGGCACAGCCACUAUUAAUAAUAAUAAUAAGCAAGAAGGAAACAUGACCGAUACUAAGAACUGAAUUAAUUUGGGAGACUGUGUAUGUGCCUAAGUGGGUGCUACUGUUUUGGUUAGCAACGGAAUUCAAAUGGGUUCAGCAGUUACCGCUUUAAUGAAGAGUAGCAUCUAUAAACUGAGAUAAUUACACUCACUACCUGUUUUUCAGUAAUAUCAUGUAAUAUUAGAACAAAAAAUAGCAAAAAGAAAACAAGACUUGAAUUCAUCUGAGGGACUGUUUAUAUGCUUCGGUAGGUGCUGCUGUUUUGAUUAGCAACAGUUGAAAUGGGAUCAGCAGUAGACUCAAACAAUAGUAUCUAUGAACUGAGAAGUUACUGGACUGCAUUUCUUGAAUGGGUUUGAGGGAAGCGUGUAUUUGUUUCAAGAGGGGCACGGUGUCUAUUUGUGAUGGCCACUAUUUGAGGAAAUACUGUAAAUUAUAUUUUAAAAAAAUAAUAAAAAAACAGGUUUACAAUCAGGUUUCUAAUUGAAUGUUGCCCCAUCUUUUGUCAUUGUUUCGUGUGCUCCGGACAAAUGUAAGUCGGUGUAAAAUGUUGUGAGAUUUGCCUGCUUUUGAUCCAAGGCCGCAGUCGGUCAUCUGGUGCAGUGUUGGCGGAAGCAGGAUGUGAUGUUAGCGAAGGAGCUAACCUAUAUUUUGGUUACAGCACUGAAGAAAGUUAAAUAAAGAGUCGUUCGAAACACAGCCCCAAGUCUCCUUUUCAUGACAUAAAAUUGUAAAAUGAGUACCGGAAUAUCUAUUGUUUGGACUUAUUACGUAGUUCUUGCUGUGAUUUUUUUAUUUUAUUUUAUUAUUUAUUUUUAUUUUUUGCAUGGUUGUGAUGCAUAAUAAAGUGUUGACACCAUG